AUGGGAAAAAAAUACCGCGAAUUUAUCGACAUCGUCGAUGUCAAUGGCCACCCCACUUUCAAUCUGCUGAUGCCAACCGACGACGCAGAAGACGACAGUGCCGCCAAUCGUGCUGCAUCACGCAGCCGAAGGCAAACCUACCCAAUUUCGUUCGAGCUCUUGGCCCUCGCGCUCCUUCAGUUCAUUUCCUUCCGCCAGGUUGCGGCAGAGCUCUCAGUACCCCUCAGCGUUGUGCGCAACUGGAGGCUCCUAGCGUUCAUGGAUGCCCGACGAGCCCAAGAACGUGCUCUCACAUGCACGCACAUGAUAACAUAUCUCAAGCUCAACCACAAAGAUUGGAUCCAGGCCAGUUUUGCCAAACGGAAUGGGUACACCCACCAACAAGCCUGCAUGUCGAAGCGCGUGAUCACCUACCUUGAAAGUACUCGGGCGGCAUUUGCUCGUACAUUCCAUGUAACACACGGAUCCGUGGCGGACAACUGCGUCUACAACGUGGACGAUACCGGAAUUCAGUUCGACAUACCGCCACGGUAUAUAUGGGCAAAGAAAGGUGGGAAUACAAAGCUCUCCAAGGGUGAAAAGCAUUCCUACCGAAUGACGGCUGUCCUUACGAUUCGUCGCGACGGCCUCAAGCUCCCAAUCUUGUUCAUCAUCAAGGGCGAGCCCGGCGGGCUGAUCGAGAAGUCCGAGUUCAAGACAUACCCAAGCGGCCACUACUACGCAUUCCAGAAGAAGGCUGUAUGGACGCAUCGCGGUCCGAAGGCGAGUCACUGCUGA